AUGGCGACACCCGUGCCAACAGUUGGCACGCCUUACGGAGAAGAAAUUCAACCCUACAAAAUUCACGUUUCGAGUAGAUAUCUCGACCUCACACGCCAGAAACUAGAACUUACACGACUGCCUCAUGAGAACUCGGAUCCCCAGUCUAAGCACUGGUGGGAGCCGAAACCCAUUGUAGAACCACUCAUCGACUUUUGGCUUGAGCGGUAUUCGUGGCGAGAGGAAGAAGCCAGACUCAAUGAGCUGGUGCCGCAGUUCAGGACGAGCCUGAUCGUGCCUGGCACGGACUCGGCCAUACGGUUACACUUCAUCCACGCCUCUUCGCCCCAUGCCAAUGCUGUUCCUUUACUUUUGAUACCACCUUUUCCUUUCACCAACCUUUCCUUGAGUCAUGUUAUACCCUUUUUCAACGACCCUGGCGAUGCUGGCGCGCAUCAGCCAUUCCACGUGGUGAUUCCCUCCUUACCAGGUAUCGGCUUCAGCGACCGAUUGCCCAACAAUACGCCCAUGAUCAGAGCGACCGCGGAUCUUUUCGACUCGCUGAUGCAUCGUCUCGGCUACAAACACUAUCUGGUGUCCAAUACGGGCCCCUCAUCAGAUUCACCAGCAAAGACGGACUGGAAACUGGCAAACUGCCUCGCUGAGCAGUUUCAAGGGUCGUGUCUUGGAGCGCACUUUGUCUCGCCCCCGUGGAAAGCACCCAAGCUUCAAGAGGCCCCUUUGGCGUGGACAAAGUGGAAAGUGGUGGGGCUCUUGAAGAGGCCGCAACUGGGCUAUUCUCAGGAGGACGUUGCAGCACUGCGCAACGAGCAGGUCUCGCAAGCGAGAAGAGCCCGCGAUGACCAGCUUCGACAGUAUGCGUUUGACGGGAAUGGAUUCCGGGAGCCCAACACCCUCUCUUACGCCCUUUGCGAUUCACCCACAGGUCUGCUGCUCUUCGUGCUCAUGAUCCUGCGGGUUCUCGGUGCCGACAAGGACUUUUCCUCGCAAGAGCUCAUCACCCUGACCGAGUUGACGUGGGUUCCGGGCCCCGAGUCGAUGAUGAGAUUCUGGGCAUACUCGGCGACGCAAAGUGAGGAGGAAAAGAGACCUGCAACCAGGCCCAAAGUCGCCGUGACCGUCUUUGCUGGCCUUGACGAAGAAUCUGGGGCCGAGCGCCCUCCUGAAACAGCUGUCCUGCCUCUGCCGGUCAACCACCCCUACGUAUGCCCGGUAUGGGGCAGGUCGAACUACGACGUCGUUGCGAAGCAGUGCGUGGCCGGCACGCCCGGCUUGAUCGCCUGGAAACGCCCCGAGGUUCUCGUCAGCGGCGUCAGGAGGUUGGCAGAGACGAUCCUGGCCAAGGACAAGAGGAUGCAAAUGGCCGAGCAGCCAGGCGCUGCCCUGCUGGGGCAGAUUGUCAUUGGAGGCUACGCGCACGCGCCAGCCGAUACAUCAGGCACGACCGUGCAGGGCACUGAAAGCCCUCCCGUGUCGUCGCCGAAGAAGAUUGCAUCUUCGCCCGACCAAUUUCUGCAGGUUCCUGGGCAAGAGGCCCAGCGGCGGACGUCCACGACGCAGCAACCGUUGCUGUCGAGUGGGAGUGGGAGUGGGAGUGUGACAGAGACGAUAAGCGAGGACGAAAAUGGUCAGGAGCACGACUCGAGCCCGGACACAGUCAUUGCGGUGGGCGCAAGAGAUAUGGCGGUAACCGCGUCCCAGCCGAGGACGACUGCUGCACACCUUCCAGCUACCGCCGCCAUGGCGAACCGGUACGGCGCAACAUCACGCAAUGGCAAUGGCAACGGUUAUGGCGGCCUCGGAAGAUCAAACGAAGACUACGACCCGUACGGUGAUGGUUACGACAACGACCGCUAUGGCACGCCGCCCCAAUCUAGCUCGAGAGCUCCUCCUCCUCCACAGCCCCAACAGUCGCAACUACCUGCUGUCCGUAACAUGCCAUCGCGCCAGCGCAUGCGAUCCGAGACGAACGCCGAGCAGCAAAUCACACAGGUCCUCGAGCACAUAAAACUGGAGUGGCCUGCCAUGUACGAAAGCGACUGCGUCCCUGUUCAGCUUGCCCUGCAGCUUCUCGACAACAGCUCCGUUGGCAGAGCCCACGAAUACCGCAAGUUCCAGGAUACACACAACUAUCUGCAAGAGUCGCUCAAGAACAUUGUCCACGAGCAUCACCAGGGCUUCAAUAGUUCUAUUGGUACUUUCCACAAGAUCCAAAGCAGCAUACACACUUCGCAAAAGCGUGUUCGAACACUGAAAGAAUCGCUCGCUAGCUCAAAGACGAGCUUGUGUACGACGGACCCGGAGCUCAAGAAGCUGUCCAAAGCGUCGCAGAUCUACGACGGGCAGCUACAGGUGCUGAACGAGCUCGACGAUCUCCGCGCCGUGCCCGACCAGCUGGAGGCUCGCAUAUCCGAAAAGAGGUUCAUCACCGCUGUCGAGGUGCUACAAAAUGCUCUGCGUAAACUCAGGAAACCUGAGCUGGACGAUAUCGGUGCUCUCAGUGAGCUGCGGAGCUACUUGUCGAACCAAGAAUCAGCCCUCAUGGACAUCCUUGUGGAAGAGCUGCACGAGCAUCUGUACCUCAAGUCGCCCUACUGUCAGGACAGAUGGCAGCACUUGUCCAAAACGCAGCGUUCCUCAAACGAGGGCUACGACGAUGGGAACGCCAUCACCCCCUUCUACAAUGUGCUUGACGCCAUGGACCCCGACAAGUCGGUGACAGAGGACCCCAUGAAGAAUCCCGAGGCCGACACAUUUUACUACGUCGGCCUCCUGGUGGAGGCUCUCAACAAGCUCGGAAGACUACAAAACGCUGUUGAGACCCUACAGCAACGCCUUCCUGUCGAGCUAUUCGGCGUUGUCAACGAGACCAUCAACGAAGUCGAUCAACGGCACCCCAGCUCAUUACGCGGCGGGACAGCCAAGGCCGACGGCCUCCACGUCUACAGUGCCCGCGAAACGCGAAUGCGCGCGGAUGUUAUAUACGAUCUGCUCUGGACCUUGUACGGCAAGUUUGAAGCCAUUAGUGAAGGCCACCGGGUGUUCCACGAGUCGAUCAAGGCAUUGAUUCGCCGGGAAGGCGCCGGCAACAACAUUGCACUCCUUGGCAGCUUCAAAGAGCUCUGGAAUCUCUAUCAGAAUGAGAUUCGCUCACUGCUCCACAAUUAUGUCACUACCGACGCUGAUGUCUAUCAAUUCGACUCUCCCUCCUCCAGUGCCAUGAACGGAAGGAAGGACGGGUCUCGCGAACACUUAUUCAAGUUCAAUGAGUUGGACGCCAAGUCGAUAGACAUGGUCACCGAGUAUGACGCUCUCGAAAGCAUCAUCCAAGCAACAGUGCCCGGCCUGACAAGCAGCUCGCGAAAGGCCGAAAUCAACAAGAAGAACCGUCUUGCCGUGGAUGAGAGCUCGAAGCGCGGUGGGACGGCGAUGAGCGGGAGCCAGCAACCAAGCGGGACACACAAAUCCUUGGUAGAGUCAAGCGUAUUCAACAUGAGUCUGCUGCUUCCCCCGACACUCAUCUUUCUGCAACGACUCAGAGGGAUCGUCCCGCCGGGCUCUGAUCUGGCCACCAGCACUCUCACCACAUUCCUGGACAAUUUCCUUGUCAAUGUGUUCCAACCGCAAUUGGACGAGACACUUGGAAAACUUAGUGAUGCCGUUUUCGGAGAAGCCGACGCUUUUGCCCAAGAUCCUCAUUGGCACAAGGUGGCGCGGAAGCCAAUCUUCAAAGGCACGACGGCGUUUUUUGAAGUUGUGACCGCGUUCUGCCGCAUGCUCGGAACCAUACCUCCCGACCAAGCCCUCAGUGCUUUGAUUGUGACCCAAAUGAUGCGAUACUAUGAUCGUUGCUUCAGCUGGUUCAAAUCACUCGUCACCAAGACCCAGGAACAGUCCGUAGGCAACGGUAACCUCCGAGCAGCUGCUCGAGCAGCUGUCGAGCCCGGCGAGCUGCACGAGGUGAUGCAACGGAUGUGGACUGCAGAAGCAUGGGACAAAGCGUUAGCAGACCAGGAAAUCCACCUUUUGAUCGAGCAAGCCAACGAGACAAAGCUGCAGAUGAACGACAUCAUCCAGGAUCGCGAAACCAUCACCUCGCUGUGCCUGUUGUACACCAGCAUGAAAUGGCUGGCCAGCAAGAUCUCUAGCCUGCGUCACAUCACCGCGCAUGAGACCGAUUCAUCAAGACACAAUCUACCCCGCGAUGCAAACCGAAGAUGGACUCUACUCAACGACCCUGACAGGGCUACGGCGGAUCAGGGGCUCGUACAGCUACCCCUGACCGCAGAGACUGUCCAGGCAUUUGACAGCAUCGUGUCGUCCUUUGAAGAGCUCGCGGGAACUGCCCUCCUGACAUUACACAUGGAGAUUCGAUGCAGGAUCGUCCAUUCCCUCCACAUUGCCUUGUCCCCAGAUGUCGCGCCAUAUCUGCUUGAUCAAGAAGUCAACGAGCCAGAUCCGCACAUUCUGAGUCUGAACUCGGAGCUUAUACUUUUCGACGAGACUGUUGCAAGACACUUGCGAGAGAAAGAGACGGAUUUUAUCCGCACUGGUCUGGGACGGCUGGUCAACUGUUAUCUGGUGAACAACGCGUGGAUGGCCUCGCCCAUGAAUGCGAACGGUUCGGGACGCAUGCAGCUCAACAUCCUUGUGCUGCAGCAAAACCUCAAGAACAUAGAGCAGGGCGUCGACCUCGCCCGCGCGGCCAAUUACUAUGCGCUCUUCGACAAGGGUGUCGACGACAUUAUUGAAGAAGCGAGACGGAACAAGGAGCGCCAACAAGCCGGAGGUGAUCCAAAUGAUCCCAACAACUUCUCAUACAACGAGUUGAAGGCUCUCAUCGAGCUUUGCUUCAGCGAACAGAUGGCGAAUCCGGAGAGAGGCAUUGCCAGUGCAGGUAGACGCGCCAUGGACGAGAAGCUUCAGAAGCUGAGUGAGCAUAUGUGGGAUGCCUGA